AUGGACAUAUAAGACGCUUCUAGAGUUGUUUACAUUUGUGGAAGUAAGUUACUUAUAUUAAAUUUAGAGUGUGGAAAGGAUGUUUAACUUGAAGCCAAAGACAUUGUCAGAUGUUAAUGUGGUUACAGAAUUCUAUAUAAAAAAAGAAAGGCAGAUCCUAAGAAUCCCCCUUAGUAUGAAGCAAUCUGA